CAGGAAAGAAAGUGGGGAAAAACACCUAUGUGAACGGAGGAGAUGGAGAAAGGCAAAGUAGGUUGUCGGAUGGUUUUCAGUCUAGCGGUAAGAGAAGGCGGCUGCAGGGGUUGGGUAGGAGGACAGUGUUACCCAAAUAAAAGUAGAGAGUUGGGAAGGCGGAGGGGGCAUCAUGCAGCGGUUGCCAACUUGCCAUCCCCACACUUCUUGGAGCGUUGAAAACCGUGGAAUGCUGAGGUCGGUCCUCCCCUUUAAAAGACGCACUAGCAGGAAUCUUUUCUCCACCGCCAUCAAGAGGUUCCCUGCUCCUACAAUGGCUUCCCUCUCUACUACCACCACCAUCAGCUCCUCGUGUUCCGACGAAAAGGUAGCCCUGGAGGACAACAAGGUUCCUGCGCCUCUCCCUGUGCAGGUGGCCAAGCGGUUGGAGAAAUUUAAGACAACUAUAUUCACUCAAAUGAGCAUGCUUGCUAUCAAACAUGGUGCAGUAAACCUUGGUCAGGGCUUCCCCAACUUCGAUGGCCCAGAAUUUGUGAAAGAAGCAGCCAUUCAGGCUAUACAAGAAGGAAAGAAUCAAUAUGCACGUGGUCACGGCGUUCCUGUGUUGAACAGUGCAAUUGCUGAUAGGUUCCUGAAAGAUGCCGGCCUGACUGUUGAUCCAGAAAAAGAAGUCACCGUCACUUCUGGAUGCACGGAGGCCAUAGCUGCCACUGUUCUUGGUUUGAUAAAUCCUGAUGAUGAGGUCAUUCUCUUUGCUCCAUUCUAUGAUUCCUAUGAAGCGACUCUGUGCAUGGCUGGUGCAAAGAUCAAGACCGUCACUCUCCGGCCACCUGAAUUUGCAGUCCCUGUGGAGGAGCUCAAGUCUGCCUUCUCUAAGAAUACUCGUGCCAUCAUGAUAAAUACUCCCCAUAAUCCUACUGGGAAGAUGUUCACGAGGGAAGAACUUGAUCUCAUCGCCUCCUUGUGCAUUGAAAAUGAUACGCUGGUGUUUGCUGAUGAGGUUUACGACAAACUGGUAUUCGAGGCUGAUCACAUCUCCAUGGCUUCUCUUCCGGGCAUGUAUGAGAGGACGGUGACCCUGAACUCCCUGGGGAAGACAUUUUCAUUGACAGGGUGGAAGAUUGGAUGGGCAAUAGCACCUCCUCAUCUGACAUGGGGCAUUAGACAAGCACACUCAUUCCUCACAUUUGCUACCUCGACACCAAUGCAGUGGGCAGCUGCUGCAGCACUGCGAGCACCUGAUUCCUACUAUGAAGAGCUCAAGAGAGAUUACGCUGCUAAGAAAGAGAUACUGGUGGAGGGUCUCAAUGCUGUUGGCUUCACUGUCUACCCUUCAAGAGGGACGUAUUUUGUGGUUGUAGACCACACGAGGUUUGGGUUCGAGGAUGACAUCAAGUUCUGUGAGCACCUCAUUAGAGAAGUCGGUGUGGUUGCCAUACCCACCAGUGUCUUUUACCUGAACCCUGAGGAUGGGAAGAAUCUGGUAAGGUUCACCUUCUGCAAGGACGAGGAAACAUUGAGGACUGCCGUCCAAAGGAUGAAAGAGAAGCUCAGGUGAUUGCCUGUGUCCUGUGUCUAUAUGCCGCCACACUGUGGAAUGGUAGCAUCUAGUAGUCCCUCCUGUUCAUUGGUCUCUACCACUGACUACACCAUGGUGGUGAUCUUUUCAUUUGAUGUGUUAAAAGGGGAGAGGGAGAGAGAGAGAUAGACAGAGAGGGAGACCUUAUCCUGCCUUCCUAUUGCUUUAGCCGGCCGGAUGUUUGUCGGCCAUAUGAAGCGAUUGUUUGCAAAUUCUGGUCUUGCCAAUAAAUUCACUAUGGUUAGUCUCA